GCUUGGAGGUGAGGACAGGACUCUGGCCGUGCACCGUCGCGGCGGCUAAGCCCCGCAGCUGUCCAGGCCGCCCUGCGCAGAAGAGGACAGGGUCGCCCUCUGCCGGCCCCAGUUUCCCCCACCGUGUCCUCACCGCGAGCCAAGGUGGACCCUACAAGGGAGCCCCGUCUUUACAUGAGUGUCGUGUUAUCCCCAUCUUGCCCUGCAGGGGGAGGCAGAGGACAGCAGGGCACCGGGGGAGACGCGCCUGCGCUUGCAGGCCACGCGGGAAAGCCGAGGCCCCAGACUGUCUUCCGAGCGGCACACACGCGUGGCGCGCGGGAGAGGGAAGGACACUGGGCGCACGCCCUCAACCCCAAGAGUAUCUGUGUUCGAGGUCGGCCUGUGUGAGCCGCAGGCGCCACCGCCGCCCACGGGUGACCGGCACGCCAACCCGGUCGGAACGCCGGGCACUUCCGGUUCCUGCGCGGGCCGUCCAGCCCCGAGGCCCCGCCCCCGCCGUGCGCACGCGCGCCUUGGCGUCAUCGGUGCGGUCUGAGCAUGCGCACUCCGUUCGGCAGGCUCUGGCGGACACGCGCGACCCGGAAGACUUUCGUGCCACACUACAGAGCCGGCGUGAGGGGCGUCGAUGGCGGAGGAUGCGGAGGCGGCAGCCGAGAGCGGCGGCGGCGGCGACCCCGGCGUCGGCGCGGGCGAACGGGGCGUAGCGCCCAUUAAAGCUCAGUACCGCACCACCAAGGAGCGGUUCCACCAAUACCUGGAAGCAGACAAGCGGGAGGAUGCAGGACAGGAAUCGCCCGCAGGAGAUCCCGAUGGUAGUGACCCGGCCGAGCCCGAAGCCAAGAGGAUCCGCCUGGAAGAUGGGCAGGAGAAUGGGAAGACAGAGGUGGCAGCUGAGCCCUCCGAGCAACCACAGAUGCCAAGGAGGGCCCGUGGCCAGAACAAAAGCCGGCCUCACGUGAAGCCGACGCACUACGACAAGGAGAGGCUCUGCCCGUCCCUCCUCCAGGAGUCAGCCACGUGUGCAUUUGGUGACCGGUGCCGAUUCCUGCAUGAUGUGGGACGCUACCUGGAGACAAAACCGGCAGACCUGGGCCCCCGCUGCGUGCUCUUUGACACCUUCGGCCGGUGCCCUUACAGCGUGACCUGUCGCUUUGCGGGGGCACACCUGGGGCCUGAGGGUCAGAACCUGGUGCAGGACGACGUGGUGGCUCGCUGCGUGCACCUCCCUCCCGUGCGCAACGGCCUGAGCAGAGCCCUGCAGCAGCAGCUGCGCAAGCGCCAAGUGUGCUUUGAGCGAGCUGAGCAGGCCCUGCGACGCCUGACCCAGGGCCCCAAGCCCGUCGUCCCUGAGACCACCGUAGCCACGGUUACCCCAGAGCAGAACAGCUGCCACGCCCAGCUGGACACUGCGGGAGGGGCCAGCACCCCGAGUGGCAGCCCUGUUCCCACCUGUGGCCCCUUGACGGACGAGGACAUCAUUCGGCUGCGGCCCUGUGAGAAGAAGCGGCUGGACAUCAGUGGGAAACUCUACCUUGCUCCGCUCACCACGUGCGGGAACCUGCCCUUUCGCCGCAUCUGCAAGCGCUUCGGUGCCGAUGUGACGUGUGGUGAGAUGGCCGUGUGCACGAACCUGCUGCAGGGACAGAUGUCUGAGUGGGCCUUGCUCAAGCGCCACCCCUGCGAGGACAUGUUUGGGGUGCAACUGGAGGGCGCCUUCCCUGACACCAUGACCAAAUGCGCUGAGCUCCUGAACCGCACCAUCGACGUGGACUUUGUGGACAUUAAUGUGGGCUGCCCCAUUGACCUUGUCUACAAGAAGGGUGGCGGCUGCGCACUCAUGAAUCGCUCGGCCAAGUUCCAGCAGAUUGUAAGGGGCGUGAAUGAGGUGCUGGACGUGCCGCUGACUGUGAAGAUGCGUACGGGCGUGCAGGAGCGUGUGAGCCUGGCCCACCGCCUGCUGCCUGAGCUGCGGGACUGGGGUGUCGCCCUGGUCACGCUCCAUGGCCGCUCCCGGGAACAGCGCUACACCAGGCUGGCCGACUGGCCCUACAUCGAGCAGUGCGCCAAGCUGGCCAGCCCCAUGCCCCUGUUCGGAAACGGGGACAUCCUUUCGUUUGAGGAUGCCAACUGUGCCAUGCAGACGGGCGUUGCAGGGGUCAUGAUCGCCCGUGGGGCCUUGCUCAAGCCCUGGCUGUUCACGGAGAUCAAGGAACAGAGACACUGGGACAUCUCAUCCUCUGAGCGCCUGGACAUCCUGAGGGACUUCACACACUACGGCCUGGAACACUGGGGCUCUGACACGCAGGGCGUGGAGCGGACCCGGCGCUUCCUCCUCGAGUGGCUCUCCUUUCUUUGCAGGUAUGUGCCUGUGGGCCUGCUUGAGCGACUCCCACAGAGGAUCAACGAAAGGCCACCCUACUACCUAGGCCGAGACCACCUGGAGACGCUCAUGGCCAGCCAGCAGGCCGCAGACUGGAUCCGCAUCAGUGAGAUGCUGCUUGGACCAGUCCCACCUGGCUUUGCCUUCCUGCCCAAGCACAAAGCCAAUGCCUACAAGUAGCCAACGGAGACAAUAAAUUUUAUUCUUCUACAA